CGGACCACCCUGUACAAUCUAGGAUAAAAUUUAAAAUUCUGUUCAGUGGUGAAUGCCUGCGCAACAAGUUACAAUGAGUUUAUUUAUUUGUUUAAUGUACCUACUUAAGAUAAAUAAAGAUAUUAUUUAAAACCUUUUGAAACUUUUGGAUAUUUGAAAAAAUAUUUAAUUAUUAGUUUUAUAAUUUUUACCUAUUGAAAACUUUAUCCUUGGGUAAAAAAAAUGAGCAUUAAAGACCUAAUUUUAUCCAAAGAUACAGAACCAAUAACAUAUUUCGUGAACUUUUACAAAAUAACAAAACCCUCAUCGAACAUCACCGACGAAUCCACUUGCAAAAUCCUCAAAACCAACGACCUAAUUCGCUGGAAAAUACAAGGCGACGAAUUAGUUAAAAUAUCAUCGAAAAAUUUAGGAAUUUUCUUCGACCAAGAAUCUUAUAUAAUCCAAUGGCUUUUCGAUUUGAAAGUGGACAACACUAUUUUAAAAGAAUCGCUAGUUUAUAAUUGGAAAGGCCAGAGCGCUACAAAAGGAUAUUCUCCUUUACCAUCUGAAAUCGAAGAAAAUUGCCCAGUGGAACGUAUCGUACAAUGGAGCGAACCAGCAUUAUUCUUUCAUGGUUUUCCCGGAAGCCUUUUCACAUUCAGUGGCCAAGAAAACGCAUUUAAUAGAAACGCCCCACAUUUGAUGUUCAUACGAGGCGAGGUUUCAGAAGAAAUUCAUUUAUAUGAAUUACCUUGUUUAAAACAAACCUUGAGAAGCCGAGCUACAUUUUUGCUUAUAGCACCAAAACACAAAUUAUUUUUAUAUUGGCAUGGAAGCAAGUCAAUUAAAGUCAAUAUUGGAAAACCUCAUGAAGAUUUAAUUAAAUGGGAAGAAAGUUGGGCAGACUUUUCGGUGCAAAAAUUAGAGGAAUUUAAAGAAACUUCAGCGUUUAAUGACAUAGUAGAAGGAGCUGAUUUAGGUUUGCAGAAACCAUUAUUAAAAUCCGAUUUUAGUCCAAAACUUUUUUAUUUAAAUUCAAUAACUGGAAGAUUUUUAGCUACCAAAGUAGAAUAUCCUCUAAGGGCUGACAAUGUAAUUGCACCUUUUCCUUUUCUUCAAAGUCACCUUUAUACAGCUGCACAACCUGCCAUAUUUCUACUAGACAACGAUACCGAUGUAUGGUUGUGGAAAGGACUAGUAGACGAUUCCAAUAAUGAAGCUUUUAAAGCAGAAUUGAAGUUUGCAAAUGAAUUAGCAGAAAACUACGUUAAAGAAAAGGAAGUGAUUUUAUCUGAAAAUGUUACAUUACAUUUUGUGUCUGCUGGCAAGGAACCUGCAGAUUUUAAAGUUAUUUUUCCUUUUUGGAAAGAUUAAGUUUGUCCUAUUUACAUAUAAUUAUUUUAUAUCAAUGGAAAAUGAUUUAAAAAAAAAGUAAAACAAGCCUUAUCAUCAAUGAAUAUAUUCAUGAGAUUACACAAGUCGUUUACAUAUUUAUGUCUAAGUUUUUUUACAGAACAAUGAAUUAUGUAAAUAAAACAUUUAGGUACAAAUUAAAGAAUUUGGGCUAGAGUAACUAAGUACAAAUAACUAAACUUAAUGGUUGUUUUCAACUUAACAAUAGUUUACAAACUUAAAACGACAUUUCAAAAGGAACAUAAUCAAUGGUAUCAGCAACUCAGAUACUUUUCUAUCACUAUCAGAAUUAAUAAUUGGGAUAUCAAGAAUGGAUUUAGGUGACUAAAUAUUUACCUAAAUUAACUUAUAAUGCAACAAGAUCCAUUAUGUAAAAGCAUCCUUUAUAUUUUGGAAAUGUCUCACUGCCAAAUCCACAGGCAAAUCAAACUUAUACUUAGUCAACUGGUCUAAACUUUUCAAGCUAUCCUGAAAUCCUGUCUUGGCAACAUAGCUCCAAGGCAGAUAAUAUUCUUUAAUCAACUUAUUACAUGUAAAUAGUAAGUUUACCCAUGGCGCAAGCUUGUUAGCAUUUAAUGCUGCACAUAUGAAGGCUUUAAAAUGGGAAUCAUAACUUCUUUUAUAUGGACUGUGGGAGGAUAUUAUGCUUCCUAUGGCACAAAGCAUGUUAUGCUUAUUACUAUUUGGUGAGGCGCCAGCUAUAUCUAAAUUAAAGCUUUGAGACAAUUUUCUGGCCGGUGUCGAAUUGAAUUUGUCUCCAUUUUUCAUGUGGUAAUAUUCUAAAAUAAGUUCCCAGGCAUGUAUUUCAGUGCUGGAAGCGGAAUGUCUUCUUGGAAAACACCCCAUAAAUGGUACCAAGCUGUUACUUUGAGCCGAACAAGAACCAUGUUGAAUUAAAUCUCUUAUACAUGGUACCAAAUAUUUUCUAACUGCAGCUGUAAGUUGUAUAUUAGAAGGAGACAUUGACUGGCUUUCAGAAUCGCUACUAUAAUCCCGAUUUGUUGAAUAUGAAGGCUCAUUUUCCCUAGCUUCUGCCAACUCUUUAACAUGUCCAAUUGCCAUUUCAAGUUUGGCCCUUAAAUCACCCCAAUGAUUAAUCUUCAUUGUAUUCUUCAAAUCAUUUUUUCUAAAACGAGAUUUUACUCCACAGCCCAAUUGCAUUAAAGCAAACAUUUGCAAAAUAGUAACGGUUUUCUGUAUAAUACCUAAAGUAGUUUCGCUAGGGAAAGGCUUUUUAACUGAAUGAUAUGCACAGCCGCAGCUGCAAUUUUGAUGUUUGUUGCCGUCAUUUUGCUGCAGAUAACCUAUAAAACGUUCCAAAUCAGCGACUUGUGUCUUAAGUUGAGCUACAAGAUGCUCUUUUAGCUUUAUCGGGCUAACAAGUUGAUCUACAGCUAUGUUUAUUUGUUGUUUUACAGCUUCUGGAGUCAUUUGAUGAUAAUUUUGUUCAUCUAAUUCUAAAUUCAUUCUGGUUUUUAGUUCAUUCAAUAUAACUUGCUGUCUCUCUAGUAAAACAUCCUGGGGAAUUCCUGCUUCGCCGCUUUCAAAUGCAUAUUGCUCCAACUCUCGCAACUGGCUCUUGAGUCUGUCAAUUAGUUCUCUUUGUUGUGUUCUUCUCAGUCUUACCGCUUCGGCCAAACUGGCUUCAUCCAUUUUUUCUUUGACAAAACUAACGUCUGGUAUUCCUCGAAAAACAAACUCUUCAAGAGAUUUGAGAAGCUCUUCUCUGUAUUCUGGAGAGGAACUCAUUACUUGACGUAAACGAAAUUGAACUUGAGCAAAGUGCGUUGUUAAAGCAAAAAGGGACGAGUUUAAAAGCUCCUGUUCGUCUUCCAUGCUUCGAAUUUUUUCAAUAGCAUAUUGAUGGUGCUCGUCGCAGAAAUUUAUUUUAUUGAAAUCGAAAUCGUCUUCAUCACUUGGUGCUCCCAAUGGGUCCCAACGUUCUCCUGCAGGAUGUUCAUCCUGAGGAUUAUCUGAAUUAACUUCCAUGUUUUUCUUGUAAUAUUGGUGCUAGGAGUUUAAAAAGUAUCUUUUCUUAUUUAGUUUUUUUCCAAACUACUACAUGGUUGUUGUUUGUGGGCAACCAAAUUGCC